AUUGUGAGUGGAGGAGGGGCAGAGAGAGAGAGAGACAGGGACAGAGGACCCAAAGUGGGCUCUAUGCUGACAGCAGCAAGCCCGAUGCGGGGCUCUAACUCACAAACUGUGAGGUCAUGAUCUGAGCCGAAGUUGGACGCUCAACAACUGAGCCACUCAGGCACCCCUGUAGUUGUUUCUGAUAAAUCAAACUGUUUGCUAAUUCAGUGGGGAUCAUCUCAAGGGCAAAAUUGUAUCUUCUGCUUAUUUUGUUAUGUCCACGAUAGAGUAUGACACAAGAAGGAGGCACUUACUAGGUACUUGAUUUGCAGACUUGACAAUGUCCCUUGGUUUCUUUUCAGAUUUGCAGACUUGACGGUGUCCCUUGGUUUCUUCCCAGGUGACGAGAACAGUAAGCGUGUCCUUAAGAAGACCAUCUUUUAAGAAAUACAGUCAUUGGGGGUGAUACUAGAUUCCCAAUGGAGGUUCCCCCAGCAGCCAAGCUUGGUGAGACCUUUGUGUUUGAGGACGGAUUAGAGAUGCAGCAAGAACUUUUCCCAGAGGAGGACCUGGGGGACCCUUUUCUUCAGGAAAGAGGCUUAGAGCAAAUGGCUGUUAUUUAUAAGGAGAUCCCUCUUGGGGAGAAGGACGAGGAACAUGACGAUUAUGAGGGCAAUUUUAGUCUGUGCUCAAGCCCUGUUCAGCAUCAGAGUACCCCCCUGGUACACAGACCCCAGGACGAUGACCUUUUCGGCCAAACCUUCCUCCAGAAAUCAGACCUUAGUAUGUGUCAGAUAAUCCACAGUGGAGAAGAACCCAGUAGACGUGACUGUGAACAGGUGAGCAGGGUGCAUGCAGGACCUAAUGAACCUCACAGAACUGCGCCGCCAGCAAAACCCUACGCAUGUCGGGAAUGUGGGAAGGCCUUCAGCCAGAGCUCCCACCUUCUCCGGCACCUGGUGAUUCACACCGGGGAGAAACCCUACGAGUGUUGUGAGUGCGGGAAGGCCUUCAGCCAGAGCUCGCACCUUCUCAGACAUCAGAUAAUCCACACGGGGGAGAAGCCCUAUGAAUGCCGGGAAUGCGGAAAAGCCUUUCGCCAGAGUUCAGCCCUCACGCAACACCAGAAAACCCACACUGGGAAGAGACCAUACGAGUGUAGGGAAUGUGGGAAAGAUUUCAGCCGGAGCUCAAGUCUCCGAAAACACGAGCGCAUUCACACGGGUGAGAAACCUUAUCAGUGUAAGGAAUGCGGGAAAUCCUUCAACCAGAGUUCCGGCCUGAGCCAGCACCGCAAAAUCCACACCCUGAAGAAGCCUCACGAGUGUGAGCUCUGCGGGAAAGCCUUCUGUCACAGGUCCCACCUGAUUCGGCACCAGCGGAUUCACACGGGGAAGAAACCUUACAAAUGUGAAGAGUGCGGGAAGGCCUUCAGCCAGAGCUCCAACCUCAUUGAACAUCGGAAGACGCACACUGGCGAGAAACCCUACAAAUGCCAUAAGUGUGGUAAGGCCUUCAGCCAGAGCUCAUCCCUCAUCGAGCACCAGCGCAUCCACACCGGGGAGAAGCCCUAUGAGUGCGGCCAGUGCGGGAAGGCCUUCUGCCACAGCUCGGCACUGAUUCAGCACCAGAGAAUCCACACAGGGAAGAAACCCUACACAUGCAACGAGUGCGGCAAGGCCUUCCGGCACAGGUCAGCCCUGAUCGAACAUUAUAAAACCCACACCAGAGAGAAGCCCUAUGAGUGUAACAAAUGCGGCAAGUCCUUCAGGGGAAGCUCACACCUUAUUCGGCACCAGAAAAUCCAUGCUGGGGAGAAGCUCUAGAAAGAAGAGCUCACACCAAAGCUCGAAACCCUUUCCCAGAUGGAGCCCACACCCCAUAGCUUUGUCUCUGAGACCCCACCCACCCCCCUGAUCCCAGGGCCAAAAAGAAAUGUGUCAAACUAGGUGCUCCUGGCCAUCCACACUAGCAGCAAGGCCCCCUCUUGGCCAGCUGGGUGCCCCACACUCAGCAGGUUUGCGGAGUGGAAGGGAGGGUAAACUAACAGGAAAGCUGCUAAAAUGGAGGCCUGCCCAAAAAAGAGAGCUGGCCUUCAAUUGUUCAUGUUUGACUCCCAAGCCCAGGAGACUGAAUUUUGCCGUCUCUUCACCUUUGCCAAAAUUCAGAAGAAUGAACGCCAGAGGGAGAAAGUUGAGUUAAACACACAAGAAUGUCAGGUGAACUCUUUUAACAUCAGGUUGCAGUUUGGCACUUUUAGAAGACAGAACUCUGCUUAUAGUCCAAAUCAGCUGAAGGAAGAUGAAUCCAAAAGUAGAUACAUUAGCAUCAAAAUGGAAUCUUUCACCUGGCUUGGGCAUUGGUGGGGACAACCGAAACAGGCUACAGAAGAAAGGGAGGGUCUGGAAGGAUUCGUUCUGGGGUUGAGGGAGAGGGUGGCAAGCCCCUGGUGUGGUGUUUUAAUCUCUGUUCUGGAUUAGAGUGAGGUUGGUCUUUG